AUGGGUCUCCACUGCAACAAAGAGUGGCUCGAGGAGCUGGGCCUGGGCCAGGGUCGCCUCCGGCAGACUGCGAACGGGGGGGCGAGGCGGCGGGAACCACAGCGCGCCACUGCCCCCAACUGGGCGAGCAUCCGAUGGGGGGAGAUCGAGGCUCCUGGAUCGAGGAGAAGGAGGAGGAGAGAGAGAGAGAGAGAAAAACAGGAGGAAGAGGAUGUACGAGGGGCAGAAGGGUGCCCGGAUGGCCGGCGCCUCAGGAAUGUAUACACGAGCGUCUCAGCGGGCACUGCGAAAUCCUUCUAG